AUGGUUGGAUUCGCUGCUCAGCCCACUACGAUGGAGGGCUCCUCUCGGGACCCUCCUUCAGAGUCGCCUUUUGCAGACCCUCCAGUCAAGUCGACAACUCCAGACUCGAACAAACAGCCAACCGUCUCCGAUGUAGGAUUUGGCUAUGUUGCUGAUAACCAGCCUGAUCGGGAUGUUCCUGGUUCUUCCACCAACGCCCCAAAUUCCCCUCUUAAGAGUGCCAUGAAAAUCCCUGGGACGCCUGGCCGGUUCGGCACCGCGAACCCUUUGAGCCCAACAUUUAGAGAAGAGCAGAUUCUCGAAAUCCACGAAAAAGAUGCGGAGGAGGAGAAUGCAAAGGACCUGAAAAUCAAAACACGAGUGCGUCUGUCAAAAAUUAUGCUUCGCGGCGUCAACUUCUCUUGUAGCAUGAUUGUCCUUGCACUUCUUGCUCAGUCAUUUCUCAUCUUCCGCGCUACCAGACAUUUGGAGACUAGGAAUGGACUGAGCCCUUGGGACCCCAGUACCAACCCCUGGCCGCAAAUUCUCAUCUUGGUCCUUACAUCCAUCAACAUGCUCCUAUCCCUGGGUGUGAUUUGGAAUAACUGCCGCGGAAAGGAACGCCGUGCAGAGAAAGUGGGUGUAUACUAUACACUCUUUGCUGGUGGAUUCUUCGUCUUCACUGUUGUCAUGUGGGUGGUAGCUGCUGCUAUCCUGCAGAACAGCAAAGACAGCGGAAAUGGCAAAGAUCUUUGGGGCUGGGCUUGCAAAGACAAUCUACGAUCCACGCUAUUUAAAGAAGUCGUCGACUAUGCCCUUGUCUGCCGUAUGCAGGAUUGGACUCUUGUCUGUAUCAUCGAGAUUGUUGUUGACACCAUCACGAUUGCCAUUUAUGCCGUAGUAUUCUAUCGUUUCUACUCCAAGCGCAAACUACGCAAGUCAAUGAACGUCCGUGACAAGGCCAGAUCAGAUCUCUACCUCGCCAACCUCCGCGUGCAAACAGCACCUAACACCCCUGGCUUUCCACGAAGCCCAGCCAUGACCGCAAACCCUUACUCCACCGCUGAAAAUGGACAGAUGCACGAGUACUACAAACCACAAUAUGCUAGCCAAACUCCCGUCACUGCUGCCAACAAGCCAUUCCAGCUACAGCCUCCACCAUCCAGAUCGAGCAGCAGCAUCCAUAACUCGCCUCGUGCGGAAAUGCAAAAUCCUCCUCUUAGCCCCGGCAUGGCAGAGCGAGUAAACCAGCCCGUUGCUGCUGCUCCAGGCGAACAAUCAUAUGGCGCUGUGCCAAUUCCUGGAGCUUAUAGGAGUCCCAGUUUCGGCCCACAGCCAAUGACGCUCCCUAAUACCCCUGGUAUUGGCGUUGCGAUUUCAUCAGACAAUGCUCCCCACACUCGCAACACUUCAAGGUGA